AUGGACACUGAUUGUGGGUGGCUGGAGGAGGAUAUCGACUGUGGUGUUCUGAAAGGAAUCAGGCCCAACGGCUGCCCACGGCGACGCGGCCGGCAGACCUACACGCGCUUCCAGACGCUGGAGCUGGAGAAAGAAUUCCACUUUAACCACUACCUGACGCGACGCCGGCGGAUCGAAAUCGCCCACGCGCUCUGCCUUACGGAGCGCCAGAUCAAGAUCUGGUUCCAGAACCGCCGCAUGAAGCUCAAGAAGGAGCUGCGCGCGGUCAAGGAGAUCAACGAGCAGGCGCGCCGCGAGCGCGAGGAGCAGGACCGCCUGAAGCAGCAGCAGGAGAAGAAGCUGGAGCAGCAGCAACAACAACAGCAACAACAGCAACAGCAGCAGCAGCAACAGCAGCAG